GCAUUCUCUUCCUCACUUUUAACCUAAACAAUAGCCACUUUUCUCUGUUCAAUAUACACACAAAAAUCUGUAUCUAUAAUUUCAAGAAAUCCUUGUUUGUUUCUCCACACCAUUGAAUCUGAUUAAAUUAUAGCGUUGAUGUACUGAUGGAGACGAAAGCAGCCAUUAGUGUCCAAUACGAAGCUCCUCUUGGUUACUGCAUCGAAGAUAUUCGUCCUAACGGUGGCAUCCAGAAAUUCAGAUCCGCUGCUUACUCCGACUGCGCGAGGAAGCCAUCCUGAUUAGUUUUUAGGGUUAAUCGUUUCUUAAAUCUCGCAAAUCGAAAAAUCCCCAAUUUUUUUGAUCUCGUUCUUAAAUUUAUUUUUUCAAAACUUUUUACCGCACCCAAAAAUGACUGUUUCACCGAUUGGUUUCGAGGGCUACGAGAAGCGCCUAGAAAUUACUUUUGCCGAGUCAUCUGUUUUUACCGACCCGACCGGUUCGGGUCUCCGAGUCUUGACUCGUUCUCAAAUCGACUCGAUCCUCGAGCUAGCUGCUUGCACUAUUGUGUCUCAGCUCUCCAACUCGGAGUUUGACUCGUACGUGUUAUCCGAGUCGAGUCUGUUUAUUUUCCCCUACAAGAUCGUCAUCAAGACAUGUGGAACCACUAAACUGCUCUUAUCUAUCCCACAAAUUCUCAAACUCGCCGAGUCCAUCUCACUCCGAGUCAACUCGGUAAAGUACUCGAGGGGCACAUUCAUUUUCCAAAAUACCCAGCCUGCCCCUCACCGCAGCUUCUCCGAAGAAGUCGGAUUCCUGAACCAAUACUUCAAAUCCGGAGCGGCAUUCAUCCUCGGAGACCCGAGUUCUCCGACCCGCUUCUGGCACGUCUACGUGGCGCACCCGGGCCCACAGACCCCACCGGAAAACGAAAUCACCGUGGAAAUGUGUAUGACAGGCUUAGCCCGCGAGAAAGCCGCGGUGUUUUACAACACCCCUGAGACCCGCUCCAAAAUGACGAAAAUGUCGGGGAUCUCGAACAUUCUCCCCAGCCACACCAUAUGUGAUUUCGAAUUCGAGCCGUGCGGCUACUCAAUGAACGGAAUUGACAAAUCAGAAUACUCCACAAUCCAUGUAACCCCCGAGGACGGGUUCAGCUACGCCAGCUAUGAGGCGAUGGGGUUCGAUCCCUCGACAUCCCGUUUCGAGGACCUGGUGAAAAGAGUGCUCGAGUGUUUCAGGCCCGAUGAGUUCAGCAUUGCAAUAACUAGCAAUGGAAAUGAUGAUGACUGGUGGAGUAGUGAGAUUGGGGGAUAUGAGUGUAACAUCGGGGUUAAACAGGAGUUGCCUGGUGGAGGCUGCAUUGUGUAUUUGUGCUUCAGUGCUGGUGAGAAGAAGCGGAGGGGUGUGUCGCCGAAAUCGGUUUUGAAAUGCAGGGAGAGAUUUGCUGAGGAGAUUGAGGAGGCUACUGAGGCUGGAGACAAAUUGUUUCAUUAGUUCUGAGUUGUUUGUGUUUGAAUCUGAAUGUUAAUUGUUACUGCGUUGUUAUGUCAUGAAUAAAAUCUUGCAUAAUUUCAUGGAA